AUGUCUCUUCCCCUCCUUUUCACGAUCCCACCCUCGAACCGCCAUGAAUUCCUCCUCUUAGACACCUCCUCCAAGAUAACGCUAAAAUCUCUCAACGCACAAAUCUCCUCUGCAAUCUCUUCCAGUCCCAACUGCGUUGAGUUCAUGGCGAAACACAAGGCCGCCGACGGUCCCAAAGAGACGAUCCAAGAGUUUAAAAUUCACUGGGAUACCAAGACAAGGGAUGGCAAAAUAUGGCCCGAGUACACCGUGGUAACGGAUGAGAAUUUUCCGGCGAUACUGGAAUUGCUCAAGGCAAAUCCAGUCAUGGGUGUGUUGGAGAUUAAGCUGGGCAGCUCGGAUUAG